UGGGUGGGUGUGUGUGGGGGGGUGGGAGGCGAUACGUCACAGCUUGAGUUGGGAUUGUGCUGUAUUUCCCUCGGAUGCAGGGACACACACACUCACACACACACAGCACACAGACAGAGGUCAGAGGGACGAAGCAGAGGGGGAAACUUAGUAAAAGGAAGGACAACGAACAGAGAGGCGAGCGUUAAGAAAGAAGCAGAGCAAGAAGAGGCAAGAAAGACGAGCUAAAGACGAGGUGCUGUGUGCUGUGUUGAAGUGAAACCGCUCAAACAACAACAGGUCACUGCGACACCCAGACCAGAGGCCAGGCCGUCGACCAUCUCCCUGUCAGAGGAGGCGUCAGCCCUUCCACCGCAAAUCACCAGAGAAAUCAUCAGAAAUGGCUCCCAAAAAGAAGGCCCCCCGCCAGAAGAAACCGGGCACCGACACCAUCGCCCAGGUCGCCAUGGAGACCGCCUCAGCCCAGCUGAAGGUGGAGAGCGUGGGUAACGGCGUGGUGGUGGUGGAGAGCGGCGUGAGGAAGAUCGAGCAGAUGGCCGCGUUGGACAUCGCUCAGCUCAACAGCCUCAACCUGCCGCUGCCGCUGCCCGUCAUCAAGCCUGGAGAGAGGGGGCUGGGCCUGGGCAGCGAGCUGACACGACCCCUCCACGGGAACGCUCUGCUGGAGGAGCUCAGCAGGAUGAGGCAGGAGAAGUUCCUGACUGACCUGGAGCUGGCCUGUAAGACCAAGGCCUUUGACGUCCACAAGCUGGUCCUCUCCUCCGUCAGUCAGUACUUCAGAGAGAUUCUGGCCAAAGACCCGGGCAUGAAACGCCUGGAGCUGCCGUCACUCUCACCUCUGGGCCUGGCCAACGUCAUCACCUUCGCCUACCUGGGCCGCGUCCACAUGUCCCUCUACACCAUCGGCUGCACCGUCUCUGCCGCCGCCACCCUCCAGAUCCCUCAGCUCCUCAAGAUGUGCAUGGACUUCCUGCUGGCUGAGCUCAACGUCCAAACCUGCGUCUACAUCUGGAACAUCGCCGCCGCCUACAGCCUGCUGCCCGUGUGCGACGCCGCCCGCCGCUUCGUCCUAGAGAACUUUGUGCAGUUCGCCGACACGCCGCUGUUCACCCAGCUGACCCUGGAGCAGAUCUCGGCCUUCCUGCAGGACGACCUGCUCAUGUUGCCCUCCGAGGUCACGGCCUUCCAGUUGGCCAUGAAGUGGCUGGACUUCGACUCGUCCCGUCAGACUCACGCCGCCGCGCUUCUCAGCCACGUCCGAUUCGAGACCAUCCCGGCCAGCGAGCUCGUCAGCCAGAUCCAGCCGGUGCCGCGCAUGAUGCUGGACCCUCAGUGUCACCGCCUGCUGGUGGACGCCAUGAACUACCACCUGCUGCCGUUCCAGCAGAACACCCUGCAGUCCCGGCGUACCCAGGUCCGCGGCAGUCAGCAGACUCUGCUCACCAUUGGUGGACGUCCAUCGCUGACCGAGAGGGCGCUCAGCCGGGAGGUUCUGUGGAGGGACCCUCGUGAGGGCGGAGCCUCCUGGCGUCACCUCACGCAGCUGCCAGCGAAGAGCUUCAACCAGUGUGUGGCAGUAAUGGACGGCUUCCUGUAUGUGGCCGGAGGAGAGGAUCAGAACGACGCCCGUAACCAGGCCAAACAUGCCGUUAGCACGCUGAGCAGAUACGACCCUCGCUUCAACACCUGGCUACACCUGGCUAGCAUGCGGCAGCGUCGCACCCAUUUCUCCCUGGCUGCCAGCGGCGGCCGUCUGUUCGCCAUCGGUGGACGCAACGUGGAGGGUCUGCUGGCCACCACUGAGAGCUACCUGCCCUCCUCCAACACCUGGCAGAUGCGUGCGCCCAUGGAGGUUCCCCGCUGUUGCCACGCCAGCGCAACACUGCCCUCUGGGGACAUCCUGGUCACAGGCGGCUACAUCAACUGUGCCUACUCGCGCUCUGUGGCGUGCUACAGUGUGGAGAGAGACGCCUGGAGCGAGAAGACCCCCCUGGAAACCCCCCGCGGGUGGCACUGCUCUGCCACCCUGGGAGGAAAGGUCUACGUGGUCGGAGGAAGUCAGCUGGGAGCAGGAGGCGAGAGGGUGGACGUGAUCGGCGUGGAGGUCUUCUCUCCUGAGAGUGGUACUUGGAGCCGCGUGGCCCCCCUCCCACUGGGCGUCAGCACCGCGGGCCUGUCCCCGCUGGCCGACAAGCUGUACCUGCUGGGAGGAUGGAACGAGGCGGAGAAACGCUACAAGGCCGCCGUCCAGAAGUACGACCCGGCCACCGACAGCUGGUCCACGGCCCAAGAUCUGCCAGAACCCACGGUGGGCGUGUCCUGCGCCACCCUGAGCCUGCCGCCCCGCCACACACCACGUCGGCAGCAGCACCGCAACACGCCGGCUCACGAAGAACAGCAGCAGAACCGCAGCAGAGAGAGCAGCGUGGCCCCGUCACAGAGCAUCACAGCAUGAAGACAGGAGGCGCUGGAGAGCCUGGAGUAGAAGAAGAAGAAGAAGAAGAAGAAGAAGAAGAAGAAGAAGAAGAAGAAGUGAGAGGUCCAACCUCAGGAGGGAACCAGCAGUAGGACUAGGAAUGAUGACAUUUGAUUAAUCAAUUGAUUGCCUGGUCAUUAUUGAAUCAUAAAAAGGUGUUUCCAACAAAGGUCACAAAGGUCACAGUUUUGCAUCUCCCAGAGUCAACAGUAUUUUUUGGGACACAAGAAAAGUCAAUCAACUAAUUAAUUAACCGAUCAUUUGGUUCUAAUCUGGAUCAUGUUUGUUCUUUUUUCUGUCCAUGAUCACGUCAGGGAAGAAAACCCUCAGUAUUUUAUACUUUUACAAAAGUAACAAAAAGAUUAUUUUCCUAUAAAUCCUUGCACUACACCGACCUGAGAACACACUCGUCUGUUACGCUGUAGGUGAUGAGACGGAAUCAGCAGCGUCCAAAUAUUCUCAACCUGAUUGUCUGAGAAAAUGUCUUAAUACUAAUGAUGAUUAUUGAGGAUGAGUAUAUUUUUUUUUCAGACCAAUCAGGCCUGAGGGGCAACUGUGAGGACAGGACAGAAAAAAGAGUUUCUGUGAUCCACUGUGGUCUCCGGGGGGGGGGGGGGGGGGGGUUUAUGUAAUGAUGGUCACAGAACAGGGAGGUGGAGAAGAGAGACAAGGUGGAGGAAGGUGGGGAGGAGGUGGUGGCUGUGGACGGAGGACAGAUGAUGGAGCUGAAGUGAGUUUGGGUUGAACAAACGGAGACGACUGUGAAUCCACUGACAGAUUGUGUACAAAGAUGUAUCUAGACAAAGUAUGAGAGAGAGUGUGUGCGUGUGCGCAAGGGUGUGACUGUGUGUGAAACACAUAAUGAGCCAUUUCUAUCCAAAUCAGAAACAAAUAGAACAUAGAACAGAAACAUUUCUUACGAGUAAAAAGAGCAGAAAAUGAUAGAUGUUUGUUGUUUUAUCUGUUUAUUGAGUCUCUGCAGACGUAGUGUAGCUUAGUAGUGACGAAAUAUUAGAAAAACGUAGCUGUAGCUUUGUAGAAAAUCAUAUUUUUAAGAGAAAAAACAUUAAAAUAAAAAAGAAGAGUUUAAAGGUAAAACACCACAGGUGAAAUUAAAUGUGACACGGUGAAUAAAUUCACCAACACGUUCGCAAAACGUUCCCUGAGAAACCGUGUUUCAAAAAAAAAAAAAUUCAAAUUAAAAAAUAUAGUAAA